UUUUUUCUAGCUGUCAAUUUGUAUUUAGAAAAACUUUCGCCAGACUUGCUUCUUUCUGCUUCCGAUCGAAAUUGAAAUUAAUAUCACUAGCUAUAUAGGCUAGGGCACAAAAAAGAGUAUUCUCCGCCAUUACAAGUAACCAGCGUUGAAAUAGUCUGGAAGUGCCGUGAACCAGUGAGAAUUCGAUACACAAAGUGCAUCCCUGCUAUCUUGCAACAGCAGGAGGAAACCGAGCUUUUCUGUGUGUGGAUAUACAAGUGUACGGUGAUUUUUGCCUGUGGUCCAGAAGCGCGGGUGUCCAUACCGAAAACAGUAUCGUUUUUUAUCUGCCCGUAAGAAUCCCUCAGUAAAACUGCAAGAGUGCUAAUUCCUGUCGUUUUACAAUCGGCACUGGGCAUUCUCAGUCACAGAUAUCUCGGUAUUUGUUUAUUAUUGUUUAGUUUAUUUUUUUGCGAUGUUUUAGAACAUCCCGUUCACAAUGAGAACCAAAAGGACAACUCGAACAGCACCUUCUUCAUCCUCCUCCGAAGCUGAUGAUAAAUCAUGCACAAAAACAACGGACACGAAAGAUCAAUCGAUUGUCGAUGAUACUGACAAAACACAGCAGCCGGACGAAUCAAUCAAUACUCAAAAUGAAACGGAUUCGAAAGCUGACAAAAACGAUUCUGACAGUUCGAAAUCGGAAGAACCGAGCAAACAAAAUAUCCCCGCCACCAACGGUGUCAAUACCGAAAAACAAAACGGUGAUAAAGACACUGGCGACGAGGACGAUGGCACAGUGGUGAAAGUCAAAACUGAGGAUUCGUCCAAUGGUUCGGAACCUAAGAAAAUGCUUAGGCUGGUGUCUAUUGAGAAACUGAUGAGACCCAGCCUGUUGAGUAGCGAAGUAGCCGAUCCUGGUAAGCAAAAAUCGACGGAUAAACCCACCAAACGUUCAAAGGAUACAAGCGUUAUCGAGAUAAGCGAUAGCGAUGAAGAUAAUCAGCCGUCUGCGAAGAAAUCCAAGCAUAAGAAUACGUCAGUUCAGUGCAUCAGUGAUGACAGCGACGAUGAUGUUAUAAAAAUCAAACGGAAACCAACCCGUCAAACGAAGGACGACGUUGUUAAAGUGACGAGUGAGGAAGAAGAUGACGCACCGGUUGCCAAACAAAAGAAAAAACCUGAAACCAAAAUUAAAGAUAAACCGAAGAAUCGUUUGAAAAAAAUCGCCAAUGGAUGCAAAGAAUUUUGCGUUAGGGUCGAAAAGUUACCGUCCGAUCUGAAGUCUUUGAUGACGGAGCAUAAAAUCGGCACAAUUUUAGAUCGGAGGAAUCGGGAAAUUGUAGAGUUCAAAUCGAAUUCGAAUUAUUUCGCAACGUUGGGUAAUAGAGGGCGCGCGGAAGGAGUAGAAGCAAGCAAGUCGAAAGCGAAUAGAAACAACAAAAAGAGUAACAGUAAAACUCUGGUAUUGAGUGACAGCGACUCGGAUGAACCGAUCGCCGCUAUUAUUUCAAAACCAGACAACAUUCCCAAAAACAAGACUAUGUCCAAACGACCAACCCGUGCUAAGCGUCAACUUAGCGAAAGUGAUGACGACGACGACGACGACGACGACGACGACGAUGCCAACGACGAAGACGAUGGUGACAGCAAUAGUGACGAUGAUUUCGAGAAUAGUGCAAAAGUGAAAGCUACUAAUAGCAGGCAACAGCGACUUACAAACCGGAGGGCAAAAUUGCCAAAGGAUUCGUCAGAUGAAGACAAUAGUGAUGGAAAAAAGAACUCCGACGAUUUCGAGGAAGAGGAACCUCAGCCGAAAAAGAAACGCUUUCGAAUCAAGCGCAACUCGUCGUCCUCUUCGGAUGAUGGCAGUGGCAAGGACAAAAAACGUCGUAAACGGAUCAAGAAAAAUUCUGGUUCCGACGAUGACGACGAAUCUCCAAAUAAAGGUCGCAAAAACAUUCGCAAGGUGUUGAAAAAGUCUGCCCUAGAACAAACGACCAAAGAGGCUGAACAAGAGGAAAAGGAACGCAAACAACGUAUAGCCGAGAGACAGAAGCUGUACAACCAGGUAUACGACGAGAAACCGGAGAUAGUUAAAGAACUUACCCAGCUGGUGCUGGACUUUGAUGAGGAAACGAAGGAACCGCUGCUGGAAGUCGACAAGCAGCUCGUUAAGAAGCUGAAACCUCACCAGGCAAAUGGAGUCAAGUUUAUGUUUGAUGCUUGCUUCGAAAGUUUGGAACGUGCACGGAAUAGCAAAGGAUCUGGUUGCAUUUUGGCUCACUGUAUGGGUCUUGGCAAAACUUUACAGGUGGUAACACUUGUUCAUACAUUACUUUCGAACUCGGAGAAAACCGGAGUGGAACGUGUUCUGGUUGUCUGUCCGUUAUCCACGGUUCUGAAUUGGGUAAACGAGUUUAGAAUCUGGAUGAAGCAUGUCAAAAGAGGAACUGAAGUAGAAGUUUACGAAAUCUCAAAAUACAAAAACAACAUUCUACGUGCCAAUCAAUUGAUGGAAUGGCACAACGAGGGAGGUGUUAUGAUUCUCGGUUACGACAUGUUUCGGAACCUCUCCAAUCAAACAACCGGUCGUAUCAAGAAGAAAGUCCGGGAAUCGCUGCAAACGUCGCUCAUUGAUCCGGGUCCGGAGAUGAUAAUUUGCGAUGAAGGUCAUUUAUUGAAGAACGAAAAAACUUCACUGUCCAAAGCCGUCAACCGUAUUAACACCUUGAGGCGAAUUGUUUUGACCGGAACACCGAUUCAGAAUAAUAUGAAAGAGUAUUAUUGUAUGGUACAGUUUGUGAAACCGAAAUUACUCGGCACCUACAACGAGUACAUGAAUCGGUUUGUUAAUCCAAUAACCAACGGCCAAUACACGGAUUCCACUCCGUACGACAUUCAACUGAUGCGGAGACGAGCUCACGUACUUCAUAAACUGCUGGAUGGGUGCGUACAGCGAAGGGACUACUCGGUGCUGGCACCAUUUUUGCCCCACAAACUGGAGUUUGUGGUUUCGAUCAAACUCACACCUCUGCAGUGUACUUUGUACAAGCACUACAUGGAAAACUUAGCACGACGACAAGGUGACGAUACCAAGCGGUCUUCGAUGCUGUUCGCCGACUUCCAAAACCUUCAACGAAUCUGGACACAUCCCCGGGUUCUUCGAUACAACAGUGAUCGGUACGAGUAUAUGCAGCAGAAGAAGCGUGAUUUGGAAUCUGAGGACGAAGGUUCAAUUGGUUCCAUGAAAGAUUUCCUGGACGAUGAGGAGAGCGAAGCCGAAACCACUCCGGCGGAUUCAUCCUCUUCGGAGUCCGUUAGUGACAACAGUGACAGCGAUGGUAGUCAUAAGAAGAAGAGCAAGAAAAAAAAGAAAGACGAUAAAAAAAUCCCUGAUUCGGAUGCAGCGCCGUUGCGUCGCACCCGGAAUAAUCCAGAUGUGGAGGGUGACUUCGUCGAGGAGGUUGAACAGAAAGUCGAUAAUCCCACAGAAUGGUGGAUGUCCAUGUGCCCAGAGGAAGAAUUAGACAAUUUGGAGCAUUCGGGCAAACUGCAGGUGCUAUUUGAAAUUCUGCGUGAAUGUGAAAAUAUUGGUGAUAAGCUACUCGUCUUCUCACAGUCUCUCUAUUCGUUGGACGUCAUUGAACAUUUCCUCGCUCUGGUAGAUGAUAAUACGCAGAAGGAUGAGGAUGAACGAGAUGCCGAACUUGAUAAGUAUCGAGGUUCCUGGACCAUGGGAUUGGAUUACUUCCGGUUAGAUGGUUCAACUACGAUCGAGAAUCGAAAUUCGUCUUGUAAAAUAUUCAAUGAUGAGAAAAACCCAAGAGCUCGUUUGUUCCUUAUUUCAACCCGUGCUGGCGGUCUGGGUAUUAACCUGGUGGCAGCGAAUCGUGUUAUCAUUUUCGACGUCUCUUGGAAUCCUUCGCAUGAUAUUCAAAGUAUAUUCCGCGUUUACCGGUUUGGUCAGAAUAAGCCCUGCUAUGUUUAUCGGUUUCUAGCAAUGGGUACGAUGGAAGAAAAAAUUUACGAACGUCAGGUGACCAAGCAAGCGAUCUCAAAACGUGUGAUUGAUGAGCAGCAGAUUGAUCGGCACUACAAGGAAAACGAUCUGCAGGAGUUGUAUCGGUACGAUAAUAUCGAUCCAGAAGGAUCUCGACCGGUGCCAAAUUUGCCGAAGGAUCGUCUAUUUGCUGAGUUACUGAAGAAGUUUGAUCCAAUGCUCUACAAAUAUCACGAGCAUGAUUCUCUGCUCGAGAACAAAGAAGAGGAAACAUUGAAUGAGGAAGAACGUAAGGCUGCCUGGGAGGAAUUUGAACAGGAGAAGAAUCGGCCUCCAGUGAUAAAUUAUGGCACCAGUGGCUAUGGUGGACUUAGUAUGGGCAUGGGCAUGGGAAUGCGAGCAAACGGCCCAGUGACCUCCAGUAACAUAUUCGGCUUUAGGAAUGACGUUUUGCUUAAAUUACUCAACAUGAAGGCCCGUCAGGAUAAUCCCACCUUCAACGAUGCGAACAUUGCUGCGAUGAUUCCAUUCUUAAUGCAGGAGCUUGCUCGGCAGAUGAAAGAUGGUGAUUUGUCGAUGUAUAAGAGUCUGAUAGACCUGUACUAUCAACUGGAGGCAUCGCCCUACAUGCCUGCGAUGGGAAUGUACAAUCCAAUGAUGAUGCAACCGCAACCCCACAUGCAGCAGCAAAUUCCAUCGCAGGUGGUCAUGGCAGGGAACAAUCCUGUCUACGACAUGGCACAGUUGAGAUAUUUGCGCGAGCAAGAACAGCAGCGCUAUUCGCAGCUCGCAGAACCUGGCGGCAGUGGUAUCAAUCGAGGUGGCAUCAUUAAUGAAGCACAAAAGCGAUUCAUGGAUAAUCCAGUGGAGAUAGUUGAACUAGAUUAGGAAUUUCAACAGCUAUAACUUAUUCUAGGAAAAUAAUAUACACUCGAGUCAGAGUCCCAAUUUA